CUCAAACCAAGCAUUAAUCAUAUGGCUUCCCUAGACCAAAAUCCUUUUCUUCUUCCGCUCCUCUUCAUCAUCAUCAUCUCUUCCCUGCACGUUUUACUUGCUUCGACCACACCUUCACACAAACUAAAAUCCGCCAUUACCAUCAGAAAACUCAACCGUAGAGGACCUUACAUCGGUCUCGUGACAGUCUUUGAGACCGAAGAAAAUGCUUUUCUCGGCAGUGUUGAUUUCAGACCCGAUCCUAUGCAUCCUUUCCUCGAUCUCUCUGGAAGACGUUUUCGGAUAGGGAAGAUUCAUGGAAAGAAGGUUGUGUAUGUCAGAUGUGGGAUAGGAAUGGUGAAUGCAGCAGCAGCAACACAACAAAUGAUAGAUGUGUUCAACGUGAAAGGGAUAGUGCAUUUUGGAAUUGCUGGAAAUAUAAACAACUCAAUGUCCAUAGGAGAUGUGAGCAUCCCUAAGCAAAUCACAAAUGCUGGCUUAUGGGAGUGGCUGAAUCCAGACAAGGCAAAAGGAAGUGAGGAUGUAGCCUACUUAGAUGUCGGGAACUAUAAUGUUCCACAAGGCAAGAAUAAGUUAGGGACUAUUGGAUAUAGUUACGAGGAAUUAUAUUCAGUCAAUGGUCGCAUCAAUUCACCACAGAAAGUGUUUUGGAUCAAUACAACUCAAGAGUGGCUUCAUCUCGCAGCUGAUCUAGAGAAGAUGGAGUUGUUGCAGUGUGUGAAUGCAACAUUGUGUCUUCCAAACAAACCAAAAUUGGUAGUUGGAUUGAAAGCAGCCACUGCUGACAUAUUUGUGGAUAAUGCAGCCUAUAGAAAUUUCUUAUACGAUUCUUUUGGAGUUUCCUCCUCAGAUAUGGAGAGUUCUGCAGUGGCCAUGACGUGCGCGUCAAAUGGGUAUCCGAUAAUUGUGAUACGGGGAUUAUCAGAUUUAGCUGGAGUUGGAGAUAACACUGUUCGAAAAUUUGGAUCUUUGGCUGCCACUAACACUGCCAAAUCUGUUUUGGACCAGCAGCCUCAUGUUGAAUGUAACCUAAGGAAACGAGAAUCACGUGGAAAGAAGAAACUUGAUACUAGUGUCUGCUCAUAUCAGCCUUCUAGAGGGUUGGACUUGGAUGAUAUAUAUGCAGCUGUGGAUUUAAAUCUCAAACCAACCAAUCAGAUGGCUGCCCUGUACCACAAUAUUUAUCUUUUUCCUCUGCUCUUCAUCAUCAUCAUCUCUUCCUUCCACGUUUUGCCUGUUUCACCCACACCUUCACACAAACUAAAAUCCGCCACUACCAUCAGAAAACUCAACCUCAGGGGACCGUACAUCGGCCUCGUGACGGUCAUUGAGACCGAAGAAAAUGCUUUUCUCCGCAGUGUCGAAUUCAGACCCGACCCUACUCAUCCCUUCUUGGAUCUCUCUGGAAGACGUUUUCGAAUAGGGAAGGUUCAUGGAAAGAAGGUUGUGUAUGUCAGAUGUGGGAGAGGAAUGGUGAACGGAGCAGCAGCAACACAACAGAUGAUAGAUGUGUUCAAUGUGAAAGGGAUUGUGCAUUUUGGGAUUGCAGGAAAUAUGAAUAACUCAAUGUCCAUAGGAGAUGUGAGCAUUCCUAAGCAAAUCACGAAUGCUGGCUUAUGGGAUUGGCUGAAUCCAGACAAAGCAAAGGGAGGUGAGGAUUUAGCGUACUUAGAUGUCGGGAACUAUAAUGUUCCAAAAGGAGAUGGCAACAAUGAGUUAGGGAGUAUUGGAUACAGUUACGAGCAACUAUAUUCGGUCACUGGUCGCAUCAAUACACCUCAGAAUGUGUUUUGGAUCAACACAACUCAAGAGUGGCUUCAUCUUGCAGCUGAUCUAGAGAAGAUGGAGCUGUCACAGUGUGUGAAUGCAAGUUUGUGUCUUCCAAAGAAACCGAAAUUGGUUGUUGGACUGAAAGCAGCCACAGCUGACAUAUUUGUGGAUAAUGCAGCCUAUAGAAAUUUCUUAUACGAUACUUUUGGCGUUUCCUCCUCAGAUAUGGAGAGUUCUGCAGUGGCCAUGACGUGCGCAUCAAAUGGUUAUCCCGUAAUUGUGAUAAGAGGAUUAUCAGAUUUAGCUGGAGUAGGAGGAGAUAACACAGUUCAUAAGUUUGGAUCUUUGGCUGCCACUAACACUGCCAAAGCUGUUUUGGAGUUCAUUAAGAAGCUCCCACCGUCUUAAUUCCUACGUGUAACCUUAUUAAUCAUAAAUGUUUAAAUCUAGUUCUCUAGUUCAUAUCAACAAAUGAUUUGGAUUGUAAUCAAGUUCAUCGUAACAA